AUGAGUUUUAACAGUUACCAUAGGAGGGUUGGGACUGCUUCUAAAUCUGUGAUAAAGGCGUCCUUGUCACACAUUUCGGAGUCACCUAAUACACCGGAGGUUGAUUAUUUGUCAGGGUUCUAUGCUGUUGAUGUACAAGAUGUGCAUGUUUUGAACAAUCCUGUUUCUGAGACCAAGGAAUCCCCUUCCGCAAUCAGCGACGACGAGGUGUCCGUAUUCAAGCAAAAUCGUGUGGCAGAGACGACUCCGCACAGUGUCGACAUAAGGUCCGAAGAAUUCGCGAUUUUAAGUGAUUCUAGUGGGGAUCUGGAGGAACUGGAGGCGUGUUCUCGGGUUAAUAACAGUAAUGCUGGGAAUGAUUUACGGUCAAAAAAUGAGCGGAUUGAUGACUGGUGCUUGAAUUACGUGUCAUACCCAAAGUCGAACUUGAACUUGGAUAAUUCCAACUCACAUGUUCUGGAUAUUGCGAAAUCAUGGGGGGUUGAUAAUGAUGUACCUACUAUCAUCAACUACAGCGGCAGUGCAGCUACUAGCAACAACCUUAUAGAGGAACAGCAACACCCUUUAACAAUACCAUCUUAUGAAUCUGAAAAGUUAUCAAAACUUACACCGACUGAACUUUCAGAGUUAACUAAAUUUGUUAAGGAACUGAUUCCCUAUUUACUUAGUGAUCGUGCAUUGAUAAGGACAUCAAGAUGUUCAAGAAAGUAUGGCGACGUACCUACCUUGUUUCCAGAAAGAAAUCUGCUAUUUAGGUGUUCACUUGAUGCGAGACGUCUAUCUACAAUGACCAACUUAUACCAACAAAUGAAACACUUGUUAUUGGAUACACCUGAUGAUCCUAACUAUGAAUCCUUGGAUGAAAUUUCCUUAUCAUCUGUAAAUUCGUCAUUACCUGUGGAGUCAUGGUACGGUUGGCAUAUGGUACCUAGGUUCCGAGAAACAGAAUUUUAA